UCCAGUCCAGACCCCUCCCGCUGCCGCUGCAGUGCCCGCCGAGCUCUCCCGCGAUGUGGCCCGCGCUGCUGCUGCUUUGCGCCGGGGCUCUGCUCCUGGGAGCGCCGGCCUGCAGCGCCGCCAACGUGUCCGUGAGCUCUUUAGAGACGUUCCGCUUCAAGACCUGGAUGUUGCAGCACCAGAAGAAGUACAGCUCAGGGGAGUACACACACAGACUGCGGACUUUCCUCCACAACCGGGACAAGAUGAAAGCCCACAAUGCGGGGAACCACACGUUUCAGAUGGGACUGAACCAGUUUUCAGACAUGAGCUUUGCUGAGAUAAAACACAAAUAUCUCUGGUCACAGCCUCAGAAUUGCUCAGCCACCAGAAGUAACUACCUUCGGGGGUCAGGCCCAUAUCCCGCCUCUGUGGACUGGCGGAAGAAGGGAAAUUUUGUCUCACCAGUGAAAAACCAGGGCGCCUGUGGCAGUUGCUGGACCUUCUCCACCACUGGGGCCCUGGAGUCUGCAGUGGCCAUUGCAGGCGGGAAGCUGCUGUCUUUGGCAGAACAGCAGCUGGUGGACUGUGCACAGAACUUCAACAACCAUGGCUGCGAGGGGGGUCUGCCCAGCCAAGCCUUCGAAUACAUCCAUUACAACAAGGGCAUCAUGGGCGAAGACAGCUAUCCCUACCAAGGCAAGGACAGCCACUGCAAGUUUCAACCUGAGAAGGCCAUUGCUUUCGUGAAGGACGUCGCCAACAUUACCCUGAAUGACGAGGAGGCCAUGGUGGAGGCAGUGGCCCUGUACAACCCUGUCAGCUUUGCCUUCGAGGUCACAAACGACUUCAUGCACUACAAGAAGGGCAUCUACUCCAGCUCAUCUUGUCAUAAGACUCCAGACCGAGUUAACCACGCAGUACUGGCUGUGGGCUAUGGAGAGGAAAAUGGGAUACCUUACUGGAUUGUGAAAAACUCUUGGGGUCCCCAAUGGGGAAUGAAUGGGUGUGAGGGCAGGGCCUCGCCUGGCAGGCAGGACACCAGCUUUGGCAAAGCAGAGGAGCCCAGUGGGAGUCCAGGCACCAGAAAGAAGAGACAAGACCAGGCUCCCGUCCAGUGGCCAGCAGCCCUGCACCAAGCACUUUCCCCACAGGGGGCACCUUCUCAAUAAAGCGUGCACACCUCCUGGUCUGUGUUGUGCUGGGUCUUGGCCCACCACCUGCAGCUUGCCCAAGGGGCCCCGUUUAUAGGUUCUCUUGGUUAUCGACUUGCCAAAGCCAGAAUCCAGAACCACAUCUUAAACAAGGAGACCUAUUCCUCAGUCCAGCCUGCAACCAGUUACUCUUGAUUCUGUGCUCAAGGGUCACUCCUGGCAGCAGAGGAUUGAAGCAGUA